AGAGCGUAGCUGUGGUAACGCGGAAGGGCGCGUAGUACGCAGGCGCUCUCGUCCCUCCCCAGCACGUGACCAAGCACCAAGGGACGUCACGUGGGGUAGGCGAGAGCGCGGGCGGGGCGGGGCGGGGUUCGGCGGCGUCCGGCGAGGACCAAAGUGCGCUGCAGAUCGGGCCAAACUCAGCGGGGCCGGACAGCCAUGCCCAAGUACUGCCGGGCUCCGAACUGUUCCAACACUGCGGGCCGACUGGGCGCGGACAACCGCCCCGUGAGCUUCUACAAGUUCCCACUGAAGGAUGGUCCCCGGCUGCAGGCCUGGCUGCGGCACAUGGGCCGGGAGCACUGGGUGCCCAGCUGCCACCAGCACUUGUGCAGCGAGCACUUCACACCCUCCUGCUUCCAGUGGCGCUGGGGCGUGCGCUACCUGCGGCCUGAUGCCGUGCCCUCCAUCUUCUCUCGGGCGCCGCCCUCCAAGAAGCAGCGGAGUUCCCGAAGCACCGAGAAGCAGGUCGUGCCUCCGCCUCUGCAGGAGACCACGCCCCUGUCCCCGGGCCCAGCCGUCCCGGCCCCCAGCCCUGUACACCUUGUGCUGCUGGGACCGGCAUCGGGAGGCCCCGAGGCAGCGCCCACCGUGUUCUUGACCCCCAUGCCCCUUCCGCCGGCCCCCGCGGCGCCGCGCCCCGGGCUCCAGCGGCGGCACGCGCGGCACCAGGCGCAGCUGCGGGCCCUGGAACAGCUGGCGCAGCAGCUGCGCGGGGAGAGCCUGCUGGCGCGGGCGCGCCGGGGCCUGCUGCGCGGGCUCCCUGGACCUGAGGAAUCCCAAGCCUUCACCAUCAUCUGUGGAGGGCCUGACAUAGCGGUGGUCCUUGCCCAAGGCCCUGCAACUCCCACACUGGACGCCAAGCCUGAGCUCCUGGACACUCAGACCCCCAGCGCAUAAGGACCAAGACAGAUGAUGUCACGGGACAGAUGAGAGAAGACAGAGGAAGAGAGACUCAUCACACGUGGGCUGGGCCCACCCCAACCCCCACCACCCAUGCCUGUGGCACAGCAGCGCCUCCCUCAGGGCCUGGCUCCCACCACUCCCUCCUGGGGACCCCUUGAACCUUAGGGCCAAUCUGGGCCUAAGACCCCCGUCAGCCCCGAGUCCCUUGAGUACCAGGUCCCUGCCACCCCCAGCUUGGAUCUUUGCAGUCAGUAAAACAGCCUCAGAGCAGGACAGGCGUUGGUUGUUUGGGGAGAGUUGUACGUGCUUCUGAAGAGCCCCUCAUACCCCUUGCCAAGCCUGGUGCCGAGCUGGGGUACUGCAGUGAACCCAGCUGACCAGAUCCUGCCCUCGUGGUGCUCACAUUCUGCUUGAGUGGAAGAUGAACUAGUAAACUAAUAAAUAGGAUAAUCUGAGAUGGUGAUAAG